AUGCGCACUUCUCGUGCUUCCAAGGAGGCCUCCAAGGUCUUCCAGGCAUUGUCGCCUCCGGCACGACGCUCAACGCGGAACUCCUCACUCAAUGCGAGUGCGUUGCGAAGUUUUGUUUUCAACGCAGAUCCCACCGUGAAGACAGAGUCGAUCCCAACAAUUGCUCAUCUCCCUGCUAAAAGCGAUGAUGAAUCCUCCCUUUCGUCCGCCGACACAGCCGACAUCGAAGACCUCCUCGAACCACCUACCAAGCGCCGUAAACGUAAUGCCAGCCCGAAAUCCCUCCCGACGUCGACUCGCACGCCACGCAAGGCCGUGAAAAAGGAGGACCCAGAUGAAAAGCCUAUCCAGCCAGCCAAGGCUCGUCGCAUGCCAGCAAGAAAAACCCGUGACGCUCAGGGGGAGAUAGUGAUGGAACCCCCGUCAAACUGGGAAACAAUGUACAACAUCGUGAAGAAGAUGCGCGAGGAUAACCCGACGGCACCAGUGGAUACAAUGGGUUGCGCCGAGUUAUACUGGCGGGCGUCCUCCCCAAAAGAUCGUCGCUUCCAGACUCUCAUUGCACUGAUGCUUUCUUCCCAAACCAAAGAUACCGUCACAGCAGUAGCGAUGCAACGACUUCACACUGAACUCGGCGAGCAGGCAGACGGCAUGGAUGAUAUCAAGACUGAAACCCCCGAAGAUUUCAGCGACGUCAAGAUCAAGACAGAGGAAACCGAGUCCAAGGCCUCGGACAAAGACAGCACACUCAACCUAACCAACAUUCUCGCGGUGUCACCAACAAAAUUGAACGAACUCAUCGAAAAAGUCGGGUUCCACAAUAACAAAACUAAGUACAUCAAAGCCGCCGCUCUUAUCCUCCAAGAUAAAUUUGAUGGCGAUAUCCCACCCACCCCAGAAGAACUCAUGAGUCUUCCAGGUGUAGGUCCGAAAAUGGCCUACCUAUGCAUGAGCGCCGCAUGGGGGAAACACCUCGGCAUUGGAGUCGAUGUCCACGUACAUCGAAUUACCAAUCUAUGGGGCUGGCAUAAGACCAAGACGCCCGAGGAGACUCGGCUAGCAUUGCAGUCUUGGUUGCCGAAGGAUAAAUGGCAUGAGAUUAAUAAGCUGCUUGUUGGGCUUGGCCAGACGGCUUGUGGGCCUGUUAAGAGGCGAUGUGGCGAGUGUUAUCUUGCUGGCACGAAACUUUGCAAGAGCGAGAUUAGAGGCCUUUCGCCGGUCAAGACUGAGGCUGCAAUUAAGAGUCUUGUGGAUGAGGAGCCGAAGAUUAAGAUUGAAGCGGCGUGA